AUGGGGCCCCCUACUGACCCCGGGCCCUCGGGCAGUGCCCGAGUUUCCAAAUGGUCAGUCCGCCCCUGGUGCCAGCUGUCAGUGCUCAUCAGUGCCACGUGCCAGUGCCCAUCAGUGCCACAUCAACGCCACAUAGCAAUGCCUACCAGUGCACAUCAAUGCCACAUAUCAGUGCCCAUCUGAGCUGCCUUUCAGUGUCACCCAUCAGUGCCAGUCAGUGCCACCUAUCAAUACCAAUCAGUGCCACCUAUCAGUGCUGCCAAUCAGUGCCACCUAUCAGUGCCAGUCAGUGCCGUCUAUCAGUGCCAGUCAGUGCCGCCUAUCAGUGCGCAUCAGUGCCACCUAUCUGUGCCCGCCAGUGCCGCCUAUCAGUGCCCGUCAGUGCAGCCUAUCAGUGCCAAUUAGUGCCGCCUAACAGUGCCAGUCAGUGCCAUCUAACAGUGCCAGUCAGUGCCGCCUAUCAGUGCCAGUCAGGACCGUCUAUCAGUGUCACCUAUCAGUGCCAUAUAUCAGUGCUGCCUUUCAGUGCCCAUCAGUGAUGCCUGUCAAUGCCCAUCAGUGCCACCUAUCAGUGCCUUCUCAUCAGUGCCCAUCAGUGCCACCUAUCAGUGUCCAUCAGUGCAGCCUAUCAGUGCCCAUCACUGCAGCCUCAUUAGCGCACAUCAGUGAAGGAGAAAAAUCACUUAUUUACAAAUUUUUUUUAUAAAAACUAAGAAAAAACAUUUUUUUUUUCAAACUUUUCUGUGGUUUUUGGUUUGUUUAAGAAAAAAUAA